AAAAAGAAAUCAAAAACAAAAUGAAAACAUUACAAAGGCAUAGAAGAAGAAGAGUACUACUACUACAAACGACGAUCCUCCCGUUAUUGUUAAUUUGUGCACUAUCCAUGGCGAAGGAGCGUCCUUCUUUCGAGCUCGCCAAAGGCAUCAAUUGCCUCGACAAAAUCGUCCUCCGCGAGUCUCGCUGCCGCUCCGCCGAGGUAUACUUGUAUGGUGGUCAUGUGACUUCCUGGAAGAAUGAGAACGGAGAAGAGUUACUUUUCCUCAGCAGCAAGUCUAUAUUCAAGCCUCCAAAACCCAUCCGUGGAGGGAUUCCACUGUGCUUUCCUCAAUUCAGUAACUAUGGUCCAGUCAAAUCUCAUGGAUUCGCUAGAAACAGGAUUUGGGAAGUCGAUACUAGCCCACCUCCUCUGCCUUCAAAUUAUUCUUCUAAUGCUUUUGUUGACCUGAUCCUAAGGCCAACUGAAGACGAUCUCAAGAUGUGGCCUAACAAUUUUGAGUUCCGGAUGAGGGUAGCUUUGGGAUGUGAAGGGGAAUUGACGCUGACAUCUCGUAUCAGGAACAUCAACUCUGAUGGAAAGCCUUUUUCAUUCACAUUUGCUUAUCACACCUAUUUCUCUGUCUCGGACAUUAGUGAAGUACGGGUUGAAGGACUGGAAACGCUGGAUUAUCUAGACAAAUUAAAGAACAGAGAACGUUUUACCGAGCAAGACGAUGCUAUUACUUUUGAAUCUGAAACUGACAAGAUUUACCUAAGUACUCCUACAAAGAUUGCUAUCUUGGACCACGAGAAAAAGAGGACUUUUGUUAUUCGCAAGGAAGGGCUUGCCGAUGCUGUGGUGUGGAAUCCAUGGGAAAAGAAAUCAAAGAAGAUAUCAGACUUGGGAGAUGAAGACUAUAAGUAUAUGCUGUGUGUUGAAGCUGCAGCUAUCGAAAGACCGAUCACGUUGAAACCGGGUGAAGAAUGGACAGGAAGACUCGAGCUCUCUGCGGUUCCUUCUAGUUACUCAAGUGGACAGCUUGAUCCCAGGAAACUCCUCCAUUGAAUUUUUCAAGCGUCCAAAA